UUUCGAAUCGAGCAGUUUAUAUUGUAGAUCGAGUUUUGUGUUCACGUUCUCGUUAUUUGCGUUCGUCGCCGUUUUUCCACACAGUGCAAUACUCUUUCCUUACAUUGCUGUGGUGUUGUGCCUAUGUAUUUUAUUUGUAUAUUAUUUCUUCACUGGACUGAACUGAGUUGAAUUGUGCUGACUAUAUAGGAAGAGCCAUCACAUAUCAAAAUGUCGCGCAAAUCGCUAAAUGUACGCGUCACCACCAUGGACGCCGAGCUGGAGUUUGCCAUACAACACACGACCACCGGCAAACAGCUCUUCGACCAGGUCGUCAAAACGAUCGGUUUGCGCGAGGUCUGGUUCUUUGGCCUGCAAUACACCGACUCAAAGGGUGAUUUAACAUGGAUUAAACUUUACAAAAAGGUAAGAACUGUAACUGAAGUCAUUUUAAAAAUAGUUUUAUUAUAAUUUAUUUUUAAUUUU